CGUGAAAGCGGGUGCAGCUGAUGCAGCAAAAGUGAAGAAUUUUCUGAAGGCGGAAAUCUUCCUUGACACAGCGCGAGCUUGGAAGCGUUUCAAAGAGAUAGAGAACCACCAGGAGGGAGCUCGCCUAGAUUUGGAAAACGGGCUCCUCACGGAUGUGGUUGAGCGCAGUAUUGCCCAAGUGAUAUACGGGAAAGACUUUUUUGAGUCUAGUCCUUGUCGUAAAAAGACUGGCGCGACAGCAGAAGCCAAGUCGACUCCGAAGAAGCGGAAGGAUAAGAGCGCGCAUAUUAUGUUUCAGCGUGAUAUCUUUUAUCUAGCUACAGAUGCGAACGUGCAGGGCCUUCAAGGAAAAGCGGCAUCCAAUCACAUGUUUUGUGCCUCGGCUUACAUCCGUCGGCCGAAGGCGUUUCAGUGGGUCGACGACUCUACUCAGCUGAAAGAAGCACAGCCAGCGCCAUCUUCUUCCUGGGUCUACUCUCCGACAAGACUGCGCGAGCAAUAUUUUUCGGACAUGUGGACAGCAGGAAGUGGCUCGACAUUUUCAAGCAAGAACUUGGUCAAUCUGCGGGCUUUUGAGGUUGAAAAUAAUAUCCUCUGUGCAAGGAGUGUCACCUGCGCAGAAUUGCAUGCAAUCUGGUACGCUUUGCGGUUCCUUAAAUAUGGCGCUGUUGAAAGCAGCUCCACAACCGCUUUUACGCUGGCAGGGGAUCUAGACUCAAUCAAAAAUAACUUGGGCCACCUCUCCAGCAGCGCUUCACAAGGUGGCCCUGCAGCAGAGCCUGACACGCCCACGCCAGUGAUCAAGAUUCCAGUGCUGACAGACUCGAACGACGCAAUUACCUUGCUGGAGAAAUACUUCAUGCACGGCGUCCGCCUAGAAAAAGAAUUCAACGCUUUUAGCCCUGAGAAGGAAAAGCAGGGCGAUGGCGUUGGAGGCAAAGACGAUAGCGCCGAUGCAGCAGCCGCUACUCCCGGCGCAGCUGGUGCGCCCGGUGCAGCUGCACCUGAGGCAGGCGAUAGCGCUACCGGAGACGAUCAGCCAGCUCAGUCCUCGUCC